AUUGUAAUUGUGCAACCACUCAACCUGACCUACCUGCAGUUUUCCCACAUCAACAAAGAAGACCAUCAAGAGCAAUGAUCUAAUAAGAGUACCAACAUAAUGCGACCUCGUAUAUUUAACUACCGUUUUAUAAGUGGCAGGUACCAUUGUUUACAUAAACGAAACUAUGGAAGUCACCUUGGUACAGCUGAAAAAAUCAGUCUUGCCUUAUCAACGAAAGUCCCCAAACCAACUGUUAUAAAUGAAUUAAGCAAGCAUUCUGCAAACUCGUCAAAGUCACUUGCGAAAAUACAGAAUGUAGAAAACUCAGGGUAUGGGGCAGCUAUUUUUGCGUCCCGCGACUUCGCAACCUGGUUAGAAGACGAGAGUUUCGUAUCUGGUGUACUUGAGAGUCUCUUUAAAGGGAAGACCACCGGACAGGACAAUUCAGCUCCCAUCAAUGUUUUAUGUGCAGUGACAGACGCACUUACUCCAAAACGACUGUUCAGCGAGCCUCAGACAGGUCUUUCAAUAUUGUAUGGCUCGGCGGACGGCAUCCUCCCUGGUCUAUGGUCUGCCGAGGAUUCCGAAUCAAAUAUUAGCCAAGAUAGAGAAUCUUCCGUGUCAUUCCUAUCGAACCCUUUACCUAGGGAUACCAGGCCGCUUGAGAUCACACUGCCACUAGCAAAUACGAUUUUCCAGAAUGGGAGACGAUCUACCUUAUUUGCAAGCAGGUGGCAACGUGACCACGGCGGUUCUAUAUUGCGUACGAUGAUACACGAGAAAAAAUCCCAAAGAAUAUGUCUUCGUGCUAUUUCGGGGGAUCAUAUUAACCCCAUUCUUCCAUUGUUGCCAUUAACUCCUCCUCGGAAGAUUAUUGCUGGAUUGGGCAAUAUCGUUCGACAGGUCGAAGUCAAUGGUACUGCAACGCCAGCAUCUAAAGAACUAGAAGCUAUAAUACCGAAGGUCUUUGACAAGAGGUCCGAACGGGAUGCAUCUUAUUCACCCGGGCCUAUCGGUGUAUGGUGUUGGGUCAUACCGCCAGACGUCGUAGAAAAGAGGAACCUCCUUGACCUAAAAGUCUUUGAGCCUGGGUCAUCUCAGUCCGAAGCAGAGCUGUCACUUGAGGUUAUGAAUGUGUUUUCUGAGCUACUGUCUUCGGGGUGUCGACUACACAAGAUCCUCAGUGGCGGAGGAGGUUGGGGCGCCAAACAAGGACUACUCUCACUCGACCAAGAAAUAAGCUAUUCGCUGCCGGAUCAGGACGAUAUCGAGCUGUUCAUAAGAGCAUUCCAGGAACGCAACAACCCCAACUCAUCAGAAGGUCUUGUGAGACCGGGCUCAUAUCUUAUGUUUUGCAUCGAACCACAUUGGCCGAAGAACGAAAUAGGGCUAAGCCGGGAGAUCUCACCAACAACGACUAUUGGCGUGGUUCAAAAUAGUGACCAAGAGCUCGAUUCGGCUGAGCUGUCGGAUAAAGUCGAUGUUAUCGACGGUCAUUUUGGAGUAGCAUCGAAGACCGGCCUUUUCUUGAAGGCUACUAAUCUGGCUCAUGUGAGCCAAGCUACCGAGCAGCCUCAUGCAUUCACUACGAAAGUCGACCUCCCACGGGCUUCUUUUAUCUUGUAGUAAACAGACUGUCCUAAUAAGCCAAAGAAAGCCCUACGGUUAUUUAACAUGGAGAUGAAGAAACGGAUAAUAAGUGCCUUAGGUACCUAGUUUAGACCUUGACAAGUCGUAACUAAUACUGUUUCACAUAACUAAGGUUAGGUAGGUUAGGUUAGGUACCUGGUAUGCAGCUUGAGAGACCGAGUAUUGCUUUACCCCUAUUUGGCGGUGACGCACAGUAUCCAUACAGUGCUAGGUACACGUGGCCGUUUAUUUCCCAAGUCGGCUAGAAAAGCGCAGUUUAUCCAUCUUAGCUCCUUAUUUAUCGGCAAGAAAAUAACGUCAAGGCACUUGGCGCUAGGAGGUACCUAGGUAGUAGCACCCUAAGUAGCACCUUCGCAGGUACUUAAGUACCUAAGUACCUAACCUACAUACUUAUUGUAAAGCCGCGUCGAUUUAUUGCUGACGUCUACCCAAACAUCCAUUUUUGCAAUAACGUUAGAAUGGAUCGAAGUCUUGACGAGAUCGUUGCUGAAUCUCAGCAAAGAAAACGAGGCUCCAGACCUCG